CUGUAUGUGGCCAUUUCUCAUUAAUAGUACUGUUUCUACACAUACAAAGAAGAGCUGCAGUUAGUGUCUUCCAGAAUUGCAUGUUUGAGUAUUGAUUAUCUCCCUUCUCACAAGUGCCAAAACCUUGGUCUUUGACUUGUCUCUCUGAUUACUUCUUUUUUGUGUUUGUUUUUUGUUUGAGGGUGUAAAAAAAGAGGAUUUUGGGAGAAGGGUCAGCACAACUGUUGUGUGAAAACAUGGAAGAAGAGAAAAAUAUUGGGCAGCCACUGUUGAAGAAAAGGUACUAUGAGAACUGCCCUGGUUGUAAGGUGGAUCAAACCAAGGAGUUGAAAAAGGAUGUUACCUUUAGAAAUAUCUUGAAUAUAUGGAUUAUAGCGUUAUGUGGUGCUCUACCUAUAGCAUCUCUCUUUCCUUACCUUUAUUUCAUGGUGAAAGAUUUUAACAUAGCAGAAAGAGAGGAAGAUAUUAGUGCCUAUGGUGGUUAUGUGGGAUCUGCAUUCAUGCUUGGUAGAUGUUUGACAGCUAUAUUAUGGGGAGUAAUAGCCGAUCGCUAUGGUAGAAAACCGGUUAUGAUUAUAAGUAUUAUCGCUAUUGUCAUUUUCAACACACUAUUUGGCCUUAGCUCAAGUUUUUGGAUGGCUGUCAUUACAAGAUUUAUUCUUGGAGGUUUUAAUGCUUUGAUGGGAACAAUAAGGGCUUAUGCUAGUGAAAUAUUUCGAGAAGAAUACCAAGCUCUGGGGAUCUCAACCGUCUCAGCUGCUUGGGGAGUGGGACUAGUCUUUGGCCCAGCAAUUGGAGGUUAUUUGGCUCAGCCAGUAGAGAAAUACCCCAAAGUGUUUCAAAGGGGUUCUUUGUGGGAUAAGUUUCCAUACUUUAUGCCAUGCCUUGUAAUAUCAACUUUUGCAUUUGCAGUGGCAAUUGCUUGCAUUUGGCUUCCAGAGACACUUCACAACCACAAAGUGUCCUCUGACAACGAUGAAGCCUUAGAAAAUGGAUGCAGCGGAGAUGACAACGACAAGAACAUCCAAAAAAGUGAAAGUCUUUUCAGAAAUUGGCCGUUAAUGUCAUCUAUCAUUGUUUAUUGUGUUUUUUCACUUCAUGACAUUGCUUUUUCAGAGGUUUUCUCGUUAUGGGUUGUAAGUCCUCGAAGGUUGGAAGGUUUAAACUUUACAACAAAUGAUGUUGGUAACAUUCUUUCAGUAGCAGGUUUGGCUAUUUUAAUCUUCCAACUUGGCCUUUACCAGCCAGUGCAAAAAGUUUGUGAACCUAUUGAACUUGCUCGCAUUUCAGCGGUGUUAUCUAUACCCAUCUUGCAAAGCUACGCCUUCAUGACAAAGUUGUCAGGCUUCACAUUAUACAUAGCAAUAUAUAUUGCUACAAUUCUAAGCAGUGUGAUGAUUGAGAUAAUUUCAGCUGGUUUUUUCAUUGUUCAAAAUAAAGCAGUGGAACAACAUCAAAGGGGAAUAGCUAAUGGCAUUUCUUUGACUGCUAUGUCUGUAUUCAAAGUAAUUGGUCCAGCUGCAGGUGGUGCACUAUUAACAUUGUCACAAAAGCGAUUAAAUGCUAGCUUCCUUCCAGGCACCCAUCUGGUCUUCUUUUCUCUCAAUGUUGUUGAAGGACUUGGCGUGUUGUUGAUGUUCAAACCAUUCCUAAGUAUAAAGAAAACAUCGUCAGAGCAGUUACACUGAUGUUAAGAAAAUUUGCAUAAAGGAUGAAAC